CGAGGCUCCCGUCCGCGUUAUGGCCACUGUCAACAGUCCUCCAGCCCUCGCCUCGACGCGCGCGUCGUCCUACGACGACGAGAAGCUUCCCUUUGACAAGGAGCGGGGUGACAUCAAGUCCAUCUCCUCCAAGGAGAUCGCAGAGGUCGGCGACGUCUCUGCCGAUGUGCGCGACAUCGACAUUGGCGAGAACGGAAAGGAGAGACCCAUCGAAACCGACGUCGAUGUCACGACCAGACUGAUUUCGCUCGACGACGACCCCACGCUACCAGUCUACACCUUCCGUAUGUGGUUCUUGGGCCUUGGCCUUGCCUGCUUCGGUUCCGUCCUCGGCCAGAUUUUCUACUUCCGCCCGCAAACGGUGUUCGUCAGUCAGCUCUUCCUCCAGAUCAUCGCAUACAUCCUUGGCCGUGUGCUGGAAGAAAUCAUCCCCGGUCCCAAUUCUCCCCUGAUCAAGACUCCUGACAAUGCAUUCUGGCGCUUCAUGAACCCAGGCACCUUCAACUUGAAGGAGCACGUCGCCAUCCUGAUCAUGUCCAGCACCGCUGCGGAGUCGGCUUUGGCUAUCAGCGUGUUCGCCGCAGACGACCUGUACUACCACAUCGAGCCCAACGUCGGUGUGGGUAUCUUUACGCUUAUCGGCUCUCAGCUCAUCGGUUACGGCUUGGGUGGUCUGAUGCGAUCUUUCCUGGUCUACCCAACGUACAUUGUCUUCCCCAACUUGCUGCCCACCGUCCAGCUCUUCGACGCCCUCCACCGUGGCAAGGGAAUUUUCACGCAGAAGAAGCGUGUCCGCUUCUUCUGGGCUAUCUUCGUCGGCAUCUUCGUCUGGGAAUGGUUCCCCGAGUUUAUCGCUCCGACUCUCACGGGUAUCAGCAUCUUUUGCUUGGCUGACCGCCACAGCGCGUGGGUCACUCGCAUCUUCGGUGGUGCGGCUGGAAAUGAAGGUCUUGGGAUGUUCGCGCUCUCUUUGGACUGGAACUACGUCGGCUCUGGCGGUGGUUCCAUGGGCGCCCUCUUUACUCCUCUUUCGACCCAGUUGACGCUCUACUUCGGCACAAUGGUCUGUAUCAUUGCCUUCUGUGCAGCCUACGCACGCAACGUGUGGCAGGGCCAGAACUUCCCUUGGCUCUCGCAAUCCCUCUUUUACGAAAACGGCACGCUUUACGACCAGCUUUCUGUCUUGGACGACAACUUCAGGCUCGACGAGUCGAAACUCGCAGUGCAGGGUCUUCCCUGGUUCGCGAGCUCGCAGGUCUUGACCAAGAUCGGCUCCAACCUGGCUAUCGGAGCUACGAUCACCCAUGUUAUUAUUUGGUACGGAAAGGACAUCAUCCAGAUGAUCAAAAAUGAGCGGAAUGGCGAGCGAGUCGACCCUCAUUAUAUCAAGAUGCAAGUGUACAAGGAGGUGCCUGCGUGGUGGUACCUGGCUGUGUUCCUCGCCUCGUUCGGCAUGGCCAUGGCCACCAUCUACACCGGUCACUCUGACCUCCCGUGGUGGGGCCUCAUCGUCGGCCUCAUCAUCUCCGCCAUCUUCUUGCCCUUCGUCGUGACCGUCUACGCCAUCACCGGUUUCUCCCCGGACAUCCAGAGCUUGGUCCAGAUGCUGGGCGCUGCGAUGAUUCCCGGCAGCCCCCAGGCCAACAUGUACUUCACACUCUACGGCUACAACACGCUCAGCCAGGCCCGUGGUAUCAUCCGCGACCUGAAGAUGGGUCAAUAUACCAAGCUUCCUCCACGUGUCACGUUCUGGGUGCAGUCCGUUGGUGCCGUCGUGGGUGGCCUGUUGAACUACAUCAUUAUGAAAACCAUCAUCAGCGCGCGCCGCGACAUCCUCCUUGAUGUCCAAGGCAGCAACGUCUGGAGCGGUCAACAAGUGCAGUCGUUCAACGCGGAUGCCAUCUCAUGGGGCGCUCUCGGUCAACAGCUUUACUCCCCCAGCGGGCGAUACGCCAUCGUGCCGUUCUCCAUCCUGAUCGGCCUCGCCGUCCCCCUUCCCUUCUGGAUCGUCCACCGGUACUUCCCCAAGCUCGGUGCCAACAACGUCGUCACGCCCAUCCUGUGCUGGACGCUCGGCUACCUCUCUGUCGGUAUUAACAGCUCCGUGUUCACCACGUUCCUGCUGGCCGUCUUCUCGCAGUACUAUCUGCGCCGCUACAGGCCUGGGUGGUUCAGGAAGUACAACUUCCUCGCCUCUGCCGCGCUCGACGGUGGAACUCAGGUCAUGGUCUUCGUCUACACGUUCGCCGUCGGAGGCGGCAGUGGAAAAGUCGUCGACAUGCCAUUAUGGGGCCUUAACCCAGCUGGGAACCCAGAUUACUGUCUCCGCCUCACCUCAUAGUGUAUACCGGCUGUUGUCUAAUAUUUUUGGGGUCUCACGUAUUACAUAUAGCAUUGAUGUGUCUCCUGUCUCUCGGUAUUGAUGUAUAACAGCACUUAUUAUUUGCGUCUCG